AUGGUGAUGAUGAGUACCUCUGGGAACUUGGAAGUAGCUGUUGCAACAAAUGAUGAUUACAUCACAAAGGCCUUCAUAGCAGAUGGUGAUAUUCAGCAUGCACAAACCAGAAGGAAACUAAUAGACAACAACUCCGGUUUCAUAAGCAUAGACUGUGGUGAGUCAGAAGAUUACACCGAUCCAUCCAGCGGUAUAUUUUACCAGACAGAUGCAGAAUUCAUUGGUACUGGAAAAAACAAGCAGAUAUCGUCAGAAUCAAUGACUCUUGCACCUAAAGAUCAACGAUCAAAGAACUUGAGAAGUUUUGACGAAGGAAUAAAGAACUGUUACACCCUGCGAAAACCUAGCCAAGGCAAAGACGAUAAGUACCUGUUAAGAGGUUCCUUCAUGUAUGGGAAUUACGACGGCAAAAAUGAGAUUCCGAAAUUUGACCUGUAUCUUGGUGUUAAUUUCUGGGUGACGGUGGAGCUGGAGAAGGUACUGUCGUACUUCUAUGAAGAGAUUAUAUUUGUUCCGGCGACGGAUUUGAUAUAUGUGUGCCUUGUAAACACUGGUUCUGGAAUUCCGUUCAUAUCUGCGUUGGAACUGAGGCUGUUGGACAAUCCCAUUUAUGCUGAGUUGGGACCGAGUCUACAAACCGCACACCGAUAUGAUGUUGGAUCUAACCAGUCAAAUGGCGCAACAGCUUAUAACCCUCCGGCGAAAGUAUUCAGCACAGCGAUCAAGGCACAAUCUGCAAGUGAUGCCAUAGAGUAUACAUGGAAUCCUAUAGAUCCCAAUUCUGAUACUUAUGUCUAUCUUCACUUUGCUGAAAUUGAGCCUCUACCAAAUGCAACGCAGCGGAAGCUCUAUAUUUCUUUAAAUGGUGAUCCUUACCGAGGUGAACAACCUAUUAAACUCGAAUACCUAAAGGCAAUCACCGCGAAGAGCCUCCUUCUUUUGCUGACAAAUCAAGAAGAUGUUAAUGCCAUCAUGAACCUUAAGAAGAAUGUGACGGCAGAGAAAAAAGAUUGGCAAGGAGACCCAUGUCUCCCAAUCAAUUACACAUGGCAGGGUUUGCAUUGCAGCGAUGAAAAUGCUCCAAGGAUCAUCUCAUUGUGAGUGCACAUCUAAAUUCGUAAAGUGUUUCAUAAGAUAUCUGCUCAAAUUUGAAACAGUCCACUUCAUUAUUUUCACUGCGUUGAAUACAAAUUCCUUAUAUAUUAGUGUAAUUAUAUUGAAUUAAAUCUACUGUAAUCAUAACUGUGGAUAGAUGAUUUUAAACUAACUAUUGAGCCAAUUAUUUGGUGAAAUGACUCCAGAAAUGGAUCUUCUAAAAUACAGCAAAGAAUAAGGCAGAAUGAUUUCAAUUGAAUCACUCAGCCAAUUGAGUAACCAACAAAUGCCCAAAAACUCAAAAGUAUCUUGGUGUGAAGUCCUAAACUGUAAUUAAGAAUGGCUCAAAUAAUUUCUUACUCGAACAAUUGUGUACAGGAACUUGAGCUGAAGCGGACUUUCUGGGGAGAUCUCCCCCGUAUUCUUCAAUUUCAAAUCAAUACGAUCUUUGCAGGUAUUUAAAAAUCCAAGUAUACUUCUUU